AUGAUUAUUGUACACGGUUCUGUGUGGUUUUCUGUGCGUAUUACUAAUUUACCUAAAAAUAGAUUUUAUAUUUUAAAUAUAAAGGGAAUGGAAAAAGAAACGAGGAUGGACAAAAGUAUUGUUAAUGACUCAUAUUUGCUUUUCAAGUUCAUAAAAGACGUAAGACAUGACAAGGAGAGAGAAAGAGAGGAUAGUAUCACUAACAGGGGUAAAAACGGUGGUGGUGGUGUACUUCACGAUAUGAAAAUUGCUAGCAACCUUAUUAAUGGUGCGGAUGACGAUAGCAGUGUAUUUGAGGAUGGCAGCUACAGGAAUAGCGUGAGGAGUGACAGCGUGUGCAGCUACGAAGACAUGCUAACACAGCGUAACAGCAUUAGAGGCAGUAUCGUGGAGGACUCUGAUUGUAUAAGCAGCUGUAACGCAAUAUUAGAGUGCAAAAAUAACUUUGCAUCCUGUGAAAAUAACACAGUGUUUUACGACAAGGACUUGAUGUUCAACGGUGAGAGGGAGUGUGACAUCCUUAGCAGUAAUUUUGUUGGUGGCGAUAGUAUGAAUGGCGAACUUUGCAGCGUUAAUCAGGACGUUGAUAUGCACGGUGACCAUUUUUACGGCAGCUUCAGUCUCGGAAGAGCAGUUGGUUGCAAUGAAACAAGAAAAAUAAGAGAAAAAGAAGAAAAUCAGAAUUUGAAUGAGGAAAUGAAGAAAUAUUACCACAAAAUAACCAGCAUUAGGAAAAAGGUAUUCAUCUGCGAGUACUGCAGAUGCAAAUUCGUUUAUAAAAAAUGCCUGGUAAACCAUGUAGAAAAAAAUCAUUUUGGUAAAGAAUAAUGCGUGGUUCAUCGAGUAUUAAAGAGGUAUAUUACAGUAAACCAAUGAUUUGCAA